AUGGCAGCGCUAUACACCGAUUUGAAAGUGCAGAAUGUGAAAAUGACGAUUGACACGCCGACACCGAGUCGCUCGCCUGCUCCUCCUGCUCCUCUGAACGAGAAGCGCGGCGAGGGUGAGGUUGGGGCUGGUAGGAGGGAGAAGAGUGUUAUUUUGCGGCAGGUUGUGACGGGCUUGGCGAGGGGCUGA